AUGCGUUUCUGUAUUAUUUUUUUCUUCAGACAUUUUUCCUUUUCGAUUAAAUUAAUCAGUUUUCUCAUAUUUCCACGCGAAUUCUUAGAUUUUCUCUCACGUUGCUAUAAUCUUUUCUCUUCUAUUUGCAUCACAACUUCUCCCUUUUCUUCGUCCCCAUCUAGUUUCUUCCUCUCUCUCUCUCGCUCCCUUAUUUCCUCUCUUUUUCUGUCUCUUUUUCUCAUUAACUCUCUUAUUCACUUUUCUACGUUUUCUCCUCUCUCUCUCCUCUCAAUCUCUCUCAAUCUCUCUCUCUCCUCUCAAUCUCUCUCAAUCUCUCAAUCUCUCUCAAUCUCUCUCUCUCUCUCCUCUCAAUCUCUCUCAAUCUCUCUCUCUCCUCUCAAUCUCUCUCUCCUCUCAAUCUCUCUCUCUCUCUCUUCAUUCUCUCUCUCUCCUCUCAAUCUCUCUCUCUCCUCUCAAUCUCUCUCUCUCCUCUCAAUCUCUCUCUCUCCUCUCAAUCUCUCUCUCUCCUCUCAAUCUCUCUCUCUCCUCUCAAUCUCUCUCUCUCUCUCUCCUCUCAAUCUCUCUCUCUCAAAUAUCUCAAUCUCUCUCUCUCUCUCCUUAGUCAUUUAUCUCUCUCUCUCUCUCUCCUCUCAAUCUCUCUCUCUCUCCAUCUUUACAAUAUAUGAGAAGGAAAAUGGAGGGAAAAACUCUCUAAGCAUCAAAAAUCUUACCUUUUCAAUUUCUUCUCUCUCGAGGGACACUCCUAUCAUCUCUCUCUCUUUUAUUGCUUCUUUUUUUUUUUUUUCAAUCGUCUCUCUUUCUUUCUUUCUUGUUUUCUCUCUCCUCGCUUUUUCAAUCUCUCUCUCCUCUCAAUCUCUUUUUUUUUCUUGCUUCAGUUUAAAUUUUGCUCUCUUUUCUCUCUCUCCCUUUUUCUUUUUGUUUCUCCUCUUAUUUUUUUUCUCUCAGAAUCCGUACAAUUCAUGA